CUGAGAGCCUGCUCUUCUCUGAGUAUUAGAACCAAGUACUACCUAAUCAUGAGUUCCCACCAGCAGAAGCAGCCUUGCACUGUACCCCCUCAGCUGCACCAGCAGCAGGUGAAACAGCCUUGCCAGCCACCACCCCAGGAACCUUGUGCUCCCAAAACUAAGGAGCCCUGUCACCCUAUUCCUGAGCCCUGCAACCCCAAGGUGCCAGAGCCCUGCCAGCCUAAGGUGCCAGAGCCUUGUCAACCUAAGGUGCCAGAGCCUUGCCAGCCUAAGGUGCCAGAGCCUUGCCAGCCUAAGGUGCCAGAGCCUUGCCAGCCUAAGGUGCCAGAGCCCUGCCAGCCUAAGGUGCCAGAGCCCUGCCAUCCCAAGGCACCUGAGCCCUGCCACCCUGUUGUUCCCGAGCCCUGCCAGCCUGUUGCUCCUGAGCCCUGCCAGCCUGUUGUUCCUGAACCCUGCCCCCCAACUGUCACUCCAUCACCAUACCAGCAGAAGACAAAGCAGAAGUAAUAUUGUCCAUAGCCAAGCCUGAAGAUCUGAUCACCAGAUGCUGAGGCUGCUUUCCAUCCUGCUUAUGAGUCCCAUUGCCUUGUGCUACACAUGCUGUGACCUCCAGUCUUAAUCCUCCAUCCUUGCACCACCUAAAAAGUUGUCUCUCAUCCUCAUCCUCAAGAGUUCUCGAGCCACUCAACAUUACCCAAAGUCUCAUUGAAUGGCUAAUCUUUCCAUGGCUCAGGAUUCAUCUGAAUGGGGGUGGGGAAUAAGACAAGUAUAUGUUCAAUAUUCUUCCCCUCAUUAAACACCUUUUAACUCCA